CACUCGCUGCCUCCUUCCCCCCGAGCGGAGCUGCGGGGCCGGCCGGGCCGGGGCGGACCCCGGGGACCCGGACGCGGCCGCCCGGGCCCGCGGGCGGGGGGCGGCGGGGAGCUCGGGCCGCGCGGGCCGCCACCAUGCAGUUCCACAGGGAGGAGUUUCGGAAGCUCGCGGGUCGCGCCCUCGGGCGGCUGCACCGGCUGCUGGAGAAGCGGCAGGAAGGCGCGGAGACGCUGGAGCUGAGCGCGGACGGCCGCCCGGUGGCGACGCAGACGCGGGACCCGCCGGUGGUGGACUGCACCUGCUUCGGCCUCCCGCGCCGCUACAUCAUCGCCAUCAUGAGCGGCCUGGGCUUCUGCAUCAGCUUCGGCAUCCGCUGCAACCUGGGCGUGGCCAUCGUGUCCAUGGUCAACAACAGCACGACCCACCGCAACGGCCACCUGGUGGUGCAGAAAGCUCAGUUCAACUGGGAUCCGGAGACUGUUGGCCUCAUACACGGCUCCUUUUUCUGGGGCUACAUCGUCACCCAGAUUCCCGGGGGAUUCAUCUGCCAAAAAUUCGCAGCCAACAGGGUUUUCGGCUUUGCUAUUGUUGCUACAUCCACUCUAAACAUGCUGAUCCCCUCGGCUGCCCGCGUCCACUAUGGCUGUGUCAUCUUCGUGCGGAUCCUGCAGGGGCUGGUGGAGGGGGUCACUUACCCCGCGUGCCACGGGAUCUGGAGCAAGUGGGCCCCUCCCUUGGAGCGGAGUCGCCUGGCGACCACAGCCUUUUGCGGCUCCUACGCCGGCGCCGUGGUGGCCAUGCCCCUGGCCGGGGUGCUGGUGCAGUACUCGGGCUGGAGCUCCGUGUUCUACGUCUACGGCAGCUUCGGGAUCUUCUGGUACCUGUUCUGGCUGCUCGUCUCCUACGAGUCCCCGGCGCUGCACCCCAGCAUUUCGGAGGAGGAGCGCAAGUACAUCGAGGAGGCCAUCGGCGAGAGCGCCAAACUCAUGAACCCGCUCACGAAGUUUAAGGCUCCCUGGCGGCGCUUCUUCACCUCCAUGCCCGUCUACGCCAUCAUCGUGGCCAACUUCUGCCGCAGCUGGACCUUCUACCUGCUGCUCAUCUCCCAGCCCGCCUACUUCGAGGAAGUGUUCGGCUUCGAGAUCAGCAAGGUGGGCCUGGUGUCGGCGCUGCCCCACCUGGUCAUGACCAUCAUCGUGCCCAUCGGCGGCCAGAUCGCCGACUUCCUCCGCACCCGCCGCAUCAUGUCCACCACCAACGUGCGCAAGCUGAUGAACUGCGGCGGCUUCGGCAUGGAGGCCACGCUGCUGCUGGUGGUCGGCUACUCGCACUCCAAGGGCGUGGCCAUCUCCUUCCUGGUCCUCGCCGUGGGCUUCAGCGGCUUCGCCAUCUCCGGCUUCAACGUGAACCACCUGGACAUCGCCCCGCGCUACGCCAGCAUCCUCAUGGGCAUCUCCAACGGCGUGGGCACGCUGUCGGGCAUGGUGUGCCCCAUCAUCGUGGGCGCCAUGACCAAGCACAAGACCCGGGAGGAGUGGCAGUACGUGUUCCUCAUCGCCUCGCUGGUGCACUACGGCGGCGUCAUCUUCUACGGGGUCUUCGCCUCCGGGGAGAAGCAGCCGUGGGCGGAGCCCGAGGAGAUGAGCGAGGAGAAGUGCGGCUUCGUGGGCCACGACCAGCUGGCCGGCAGCGACGAGAGCGACGUGGAGGACGAGGCCGAGCCCCCGGGGGCCCCGCCGGCCCCCCCGCCCUCCUACGGCGCCAUCCACAGCACCGCCCAGCCCCCCCGGCCCCCGCCCCCGGCCCGGGACUACUGAUCCUGUCUGUGCCUCCCGCGGGGGGCAGUUUCCAGAAGCUCCGUCCGCAGCCUCUGGCCCGGGGGACGGCAAGCGGGAACCCGGGCCUGGCGUCCUGCCUGGGGCCUGGGGCAGCUCCUCCUCCGCUCCCCGUGCUGUCCACCCUCCUCCCCUCCCCAUCGCCCGAAGCUGCGGGCGGCGGUUCCAAGGACGCCCAGCCUCCCCUAAGGGUCCUCUCUAGCGCUCGUUUUGCCUCGAUGGUCUCAGACCUCUCCGGUCAGGGCUUUGUUUCAGUGGACAGUCCAGUCUCUCGCUCUCUCGCGUGGUUUUUGAGGCAACUCCCCCCCCCCUCCUCUCACCCCAGGGGCCCUGAGUUACUCGGCCCCGCUCUUUGCUCAGAAAAAAAUCAAGGUCUUCCUCUGGAGGUUUCCAAUCUCGCCUAAAUCUAUUCUGCAUUUUUUUUUCCAGGUUGGUUUAGCCAAUCACGGCACCCCCCCCCCCACUAUUUUAGAGAUCGAUUCUCACCAGCGUUUCUGAGGGGAAAUGGUGGUUUCAAGACCCCCCCUCCUACUCCCCCCCCCCCCAGCAGAUUCUGCUGAGACACCAAAUCCCCCAAGACCUUCUCCUUGCUCAGCCCCACGUCCAGGGGAACAGCCCCGUCGGCAGGUUCUCCGUACGCCUCGCGCCACCCCAUGCACUUUUCUGACAGUCUUCAGGGUCAAACAGUGGCUGCUCAAGUUCAUCAGUGUGUGAAGCCACCACAUUGAACGUCCCCCGGUGGUUUCAACACGUGUCCCCCCGCCCGCCCGCCCCCAGUUCCUUGCACUUUAUUCUCCUGGGUGGUUCGCACCGCCCUCGUUUUCUCAGUGGCCAUUGGUCGGGUCCCUCAGGGGCUAAAUGACUCAAAAUCUGGGAUGCUACCCUUCCAGACACCUCUCUUUGGGCUUAGAAUUUGGGGAAAAUAUAUAUAAAUAUAUAUAUAAAGAGAAGUCACAGAGUUCCAGGAAAGGGAAAAAAGGGGGGCUGGGGCGAGAGGUGUUUUCCCCCGGGGCAGGGGGUGUCUGUGUGUCUGUCUGUGACUGUGAAGCCUGCCCUGCCCCAUCCCAAUAAAGUGCUUUGGUGUACA